UUGGUGAUUUUUUUUUUUUUUAAGGCAGUGGGACCAGCAAUAGAAUACCAUUUUAGCAUGAAAUAAUGGAAAAUAAAGGAACACUGUAAAUGUUACUCAAAAUGCCCAUUUGAAAUUCUCAAAAAAAAAAUGAUCCAAAAUAAACAGCAGUUGAGUGGAACAAUUUUCUUUGGAGGCAGUUUCCACUGGAAUAAAUAUCAACUUCAAUUUAAAAUAAUAAUAAUAAUAAUAAAAGGCUGCAUCUAGCUGUGAUAUUAAUAGUCCUUUCCAAGGGCUGGAGAGUGCUUACAACCAGAGAGACUUAAAAAGAUCCUUACAAUCUGGAGCAAUGUGUUAUUGCACCUUUUGCUGCCAAUUCUAGAGGUGCUUGCAGCUUUUACCUGCAAGCCCUAGCCAGAGCUGUUAAGACAGAUGUGUCUGUUUUUCUCCCGUCUUUCCUGUCUUCUACCUUCAGAAUAUCCCUUAGUACUCUGUUUCUUUAUGGGACCCUCAGCUGAUGCAUUUUGUGUAACCCAAAGCGUUGCUGUGAUGCGCCAGCAUUACUUGCAGAUUUGGAAAGCAAGGGCUGCACUUUGCCUCAGCAUCGCAGCGGGCUGUGAGCUCACCCAGCCGGAGCAGCAGGGCUGCAGGUGCCUGCUUGGGCACGAGUGCAGAGCUCCUGUGUGAGCUGUGCUCCAUGGGAUGCACAGAGCAUCACAGGCACUGCUCCGCAGCUGUCCCAGGGCUUUCUUCAAAGACUUGAUCAUCAGUUUGUCCAGCAUGGCUUUAAGCUAACGUUAGCCACUGAUACUUGAUGGGCUUUAUAUUAACAGUUGUGUUCUCUGCCAUGAGGUAGCCACCUCUCCAACUUUCUGAGACCUGACGCAACUCAUGACCCGCUGCAGGGAAGUUCCUGGGUGCAUUUUUUGGGUCCCUAGGCUGGUGUUCUCCAGAACACACUUAAAGAGGAACGCUUACUUUGUGGAAUAAGAAAGAAAGCAGUCAGGAGGCUGCACAUAUAUUUUAAACCCUCUCAUCCCAGCAGGAUUUGUAGCAAAACAGUUUUCUCCAAGAUCUCACUGCCUGUACAGUUAGAUAGAUUGGGAAGCCUAUUUAUUUAACGCCCUCUAGUGAUGUUUUAAAAUUUAACAUAGAUUCCUUUCAAGAGGAAAACAAAUAUUAAAGUUUAUAACUUAAAGAAAGAAAUGCUUAGAUUUCUUGAGAGUCUACUGCUUCAAACAUAGUAUCACACCUUGCACGAGCACACGAUCUCCUUUUGGAUGGGCAGCACUACACUGCCUGCUUGGCAGUGCUGUGCAGGUGACAUCCUGUGUCCUUGGCUGGAAGCUGAUUGCAGAAGGCAUCUCGAGGAGCUACCAAAGUAUGCUCCGCACCCAAUCUGUGUGGUCGUUUUCUCAAUAAAACAUGGAAAUCCAGCCUUGCCAGCUCCCUACCUCACCGCAUGCUUCUGAUCAAGGACCUGGCAUCUCCUUAGGAUAUUCUCUUUGACUUUUCUGGCAAAGAGUCUUCAUGAAGAUCACUGUCACCUUGUACAGCACAUAGAAAGUCUGCUUAACAGCACCUUCUCCAUUUCAGCCAGAGCAUGGCACUGCGGCAGUCACUGUGAUUUGAAACAGACAAAACCCCCACACUUUCUUUCAUCUUCCUCUUCCUGGCAUUUUCUCCUGAGGGGUGUUAGAGCUGUGGGAGGGAGGACUGGAACAGGGAAGGGUGUGCAGGGCACAAGUAGUCAACUCCUCUUUCCUGUUCUCUCCUGUGCUGUCCCUUCUCAAGUUCCUCUGAGAGCAAAUGGUAGGACGGAUAAUGAUGUGAAAGCUUCCAAAACCUGGUGCUCAUAGCAAGCCCCUCUGAAAACAGGUAGGGUGGAGUCCAGCCUGUGGCACGCGAGGGAGAAACUGAAGCAAAACAGGAUGUUUUUGUGAUUUAAAAAUUAUUUUUCUUAAUUCCUGUUGAAAAACUUGGUUUGGUUUGGUUUUGAAGUUGCCUGCAGCAUUAAUUAGGAAAUUUAUGAACAAAAGAGUUUUGUGUGUGUAUGUGUAUGUGCUUGCAUAAGGAAAGUAAAGAAGGAGGCUCAGGAUAAUUUUCUACUUGAAAAAGUAAUGAUGCCAAUAGGAACUGACAGUGAUGCCAAUGGAAACUGUUCUGUUGUGGUUUCCUCAAAAUUAAAAAAAAAACAAAACAAAACACAUAAUAAUCUGGUAGAAUCUAUCAAAGAUCCACAAAAAUGCACAGGACUGGAGAUGCUUGUUUACACAGAAACUUACGUUAAACCCAAGUAAUGGGAACAAGGUGUAAGGGGCAGAUUGGAAAGCCUUUGAGGUCUUCUGCGCCAUGUAGUGUGCCCUGUAUUCGGCCUUGUUUCAGCUGAUAGUGAUUUCACAAUUGUUCCUGCAGAGGUUAAGGCAAAAGUAAAAAAGAAACACUUGGGAAAAUGAAGGUGAGGAAUAAUGUAUGAAUCAGGAAAAUCAUCUUUAAAUAGAACAUUUCUCAGAGUUUCCCACUGCCAGCUCCUUUGGACUGUGCCAGAAAUAGAGGCACAGAGAGUGACAUCUCAGAAAAGCCCAUGACCGCUCACACUCCCCAGUGCCAGUGCAGAUUACAGAUUUACAAAUCCAGGUCCCCACAAAGCACUGGCAUUGAUGGUUGACUUCAGUGGAAGAAGGUAUUUUCUGUCUUAAUCACAUCCUCUCUUUGGCUCACUUAUGACUUUCUGCAGUAGCUUGCAGGAGUUGCUCCCAUGGGAUAAUUAUGACAGCUUCAUGUAAGGGACUUAUAAUGGGAGAAGCUCCAUUCUGCUGCUUUUCUGUUUCCAUCUCUUCUGCUGUCCAGAAGCUAGAGCCUAUUUUUUAAGGCUUCACAGCUUAACUUGCAUUGAUUUAUAGCAAGAUAUUUUGCUGUAAGGAUGUGCAUAUUCUCUUGUUAGCCUCACUUGGCAAACCACCCUCUGACUUCCAGGUGAUUUGAUCUCUGAGCUCUUUGUCCUCUGUGAUUAGCUUCUCUUCCCUUUCUCAGGCUGCUGGCAUCUUUUCAGGCUGUGUUUUCAGGCUCCUCCUUCACACCUUCUUUUUUACAUGGGCUCAGCUAGCAUGAUGCAGCUCCAGCCUGCCUUGCUCGGCGAUGUCUCUCUCUUGGCCUUUUUCAGUGUUCCACUCCUAAUGUCUUCCUGCAACUCCAAGAACUGGUGAAGAAGUGCAAUUUUUGGAGCCAAAGUCUGCCUUUGUUUGCCCAGCUCAUGUAACUUUAGACUUGCAGCUCCACUGAAAUUCAUGAUGUUUGGAGCCUCAUUGUCAUCAACUGCAAAAUUCUGUGGGAUUAAAUCCUACAAUCCUACAAAUCCUCAGGACAAACCUGAGAUGAGUUUUGAGGGGGGGUUCAACAUUGAGUAUUACUAAUAACUGUGCUAACUGUCUUGUUAUUGUGAAGCAGAUGAGCAAAUGAGAGAAAGGGGAAACUGCCUUUCAUGGUGUGUGUGCUAGAAGAGGUGCUGUUGAUUAAUCCAUCUUAGCCAGCCAGCUCUGAAAAUGCCAUUUAACAGCCCUGGGUCUGUGGAGCACUAACGGGUUGCUUAAAAGUCAUAAAGGGAUUAAUGUUCAGCUCUAAUGAAAUCCAGACGCACAGAGCUGCCUCUUUCCAAGCUCUUUUCUGUGGCCAAGCUGCAAAUAAAAUUAUUUAAUCAAUGUAAAUACAUGAGAAGCACCAGACUUGCAAUGUGCAGUAGGUACUUAAACUAACAGGCACCAAAGGCUACUGGCAGUACCUGUUGGAGAGGAGUGGGUUUCCCACUGACACUCUGCUUGCAGCAAAACUGAUCACUCCUACAGUGGGAACAUGGGACCUUUCUUGGAAAUCACAAUUCAUGACUGUUUUUGCAUUCAGACUGAGGGAAGCUGGCUUGGAAGUAAGCCUGCUUCUAUUCCUAAGGAAAAGCCAAGGCAGGUAUAAGGGCAGUGAGCGUCUGGUCACUCUCUAUCGGGGAUGUGUUGGAGGUCCACUAAGAACCUGGGAGCUAGCACUGAAUAUGUGUCUUGUGCGAUGGCAGGAAGAGGGAGAAGUGAGAAUUCAUGCCACAGCAUUCAAGGGGUGAUGUGCUGCCUGUUCAAUGGAUGUGAAGCAUUACUACAUCAUAAACUAUUUGUAGUUAAUGUUUUCUCUUCUGUGUGCAAUUUUUAUCUUCCUAUAUCACAUGCUGAGUGCGGGUGCUGGUAGAUCAUCUGGGCCCUAAUGGGCUGAUCCUGCAUACUCAAGCUCAGAAACCCUGUUUUGGGGAGACGAGUAGUUCUGUAACUGGGCAGACCCAGCUGUCUAUGGAUUUUUACUUCUUUUCAUGGUAGGAGGAGGAAUUGUGAACCAGGAGAGGGGAAGGAAGGGGGUUAUUUUGAAGACAUGAAGAAAUAUUGUACAUUCUUCUGUUCCUCUGGUUUGACUGCUCUACAGGUUUUUCAUUUUGCCAAAUCACAACUCAGUGAACUGUUUAUUUACAUUAAAAAAAUCCUGAUUCUUAAUUUACUUUGGCCUCGGCAAUGAAUUUUUAUACUGUGAAAUUCAGUAAGCUUCCUCCUAAUGUUAUAUAUACAUCCUACUUUAAAAUAGAAGCUUUUGCUUUUGCAUUAAAUGUUUUAAAGGACUUUUUAAAAGUAUGCACCCACUGAUUUACCACAUAAGUCUUAUCAGCAGUCACCCUGUAAUUGUUUGUUGCUGUAUUCGUAAUCAGAGCAUACCACAGCCCAAUGCUGGAGAUCAUAUAUACAUGCGUGUGUAGAGUUAUGCAGAGGUUUUCUUAAGACCUAUAGAGGCAAGAAGGCAUUCCUGGUCAGACCAGAAACAUGAAGUACAGAACCAUUUCCAAUAUUUAUCAGUCUCUUCAAUUUCCAUCAAUUAGUUAGAAAUGUGCUGUACUAUGCUGACUAUAGAGAAUAGACUUGCAUUUAUGUUUCUCAAACCUUUUCAGAUUUAUAUCAGUGUGGAAAAAAAAUUGUCCAAAUGUAUCCUUCAAAUGUUUAUAUUCAGAGGGUGAUCCCGUUGAAGGUGAUGGCUAAUAAUCAUCCUCUCCAGGGCUAAGCAUUUCUUCCUACAUUGUUGUCUCACAAUACACUGAACACACUUGUGCUGGACCUUCAGAUUUGCAGAGAAAAAGACUUCCCGCUGAUAUUUUCAGAUGUAGUUUACCAUAACUCUCACAGGUUCUGUCUACAGGCACUGUAUCAUUGGGCAGAGGCUUGGAAAUAGCAGAAUUUUUUAAAUUCUUGUAUCCAUCAGUUUUCAGGUCACUGUCUGGUAAUGGAUACCAUAGUGUGGAAGCACAGAGCUCCAUUUGGGUACCCAAGUGUUUACAGAGGCACAGGUGAUGAAUAGGAGCUAAGUGGCAUUAUCUUUCUGCUGAAAGCUUUUGGAGUCCUUCUUUAGGUACCUCUCCUGCAUCUUGAAUGUCAUUUAAGUUUUGCUUGGUUUUGGGACCCUGGGCAGCGUUAUGGUGAGGGACCAAGAUCUUGUGCCCAUCUCCAUGUGUGGGUGCUCAUGGUGAAAGUUGGUAGCGGUUCCGUAGCUGGAAACACAGACCCAAGCCUUGACAAAUUUAAGUGUCUUGAUUUGGGGUCCAAGGCAGUGCUAUUUAAGAAUAUGGACCAAUACAUCUGCUGUUCAGAAAGAUCAGCUUCAUUCUGGAAGGCCUCUGAUGCUCUCCAUGAGGCAUCAGUCUCCCCUGUGCUUUUCAGGACAUACUUUUUCUUUGCCAUCUGCUGCCAGUGUUGCACAAUCCUGGGGAAGGAAGGCCCUGCAGGCACAAAUAACCCAUGGCAGCAGGGGAAAAAUGAGAUGGAACAGAUUAGUGUGAGUCAAACUAGUCCCCAGUCACGCCCGGGUGGAAAACCUACUCAGUCUUUUGACAGUGUGGAAUUGUUUCUCCUGAUCACCCUUAUAUGGGACAUUUUAAAAUAAACCGUCAGGGCUCCAUUUCUUGGAAGGAAAAGGAAAUGUUUCAGUAUGUCCUUGCAAACUGAUUUAGCGCCAUCAGGCUCCGCAUAUUUUAAGAAAUGUUUGAGUUUGGUUGGAGCUGCUUUUUGCAUCAAGGGAGGGAGAAGCAAUUAGUAAAACAACAUGUGAAGAUGCACUUGUGUAAAACAGUUCAGAUAAAUAUUUGCACACAAUUUUCUUAGUUCUGCAUUCACAUUAAACUCUACUCCAUCUCUCUGAAGGGUCUCGUGUCCCACAAUAAAAUAUUGUGCUGCAGCCACCCAACAAUAUUUUGCAUUUUGUUCUCUGAUUAAUUAGGCUAACUGUGGAUGUAAAGUAGAUUAAAGGGUUAAAGUGGUGAUGGGAGAGUUAAAGAUUUUGCCUAGCAUUUGCAAGGAAAUGUUAAUGCUUUACCAAAUGUCUUUGCUGGCAAAAUUCACCCCAACGAAACCUGUCUUCUGCGCCCUGAAUUUUCACCCUGUUCAGAGUGAAGUAAUGAAACUAUUAAAAUAUAAAUGGACUGACAGGCAUGUCCUUACCUGACAUGCAGCAAUAUGGAAAAAUCAGGCAGGAAGAAAUGGAACAGUGUUGCAUUAGCCAGGAAACAUAAGGGAUUGCCAGAGUCUCAGGUUGGAGGGAGGCACAGGGCAGUUAGCAUAGCGUUAAUUGGGUUGUGCGUGUACCUAGAGCUGCUCCUUGUUAGCGGAAGUGAACCGUUUGUGUUAUGGAAAAACUUCUUGUAGCCCCAGUGGCAGCAAGUGGGCCUGCCUCUUCAGACAGGUAGAGGAUAACAAAUUUUAACAUAUUGGGAAUUGCUAAUAAUAUUCCAUGAGAUUUCAUCUGCUUAAAUUCUGUCUGCUCACAGACAUUGGUCUGUGCUUUUGGAUAAACUCCUUGGCAGGAACUAUGUCUGCCUUUUCUUUGCUGUGAAAAUGUCACAAUAACAACUUGUGAUUUGAGGAGAAAGGAGACCUAGCUUAGAUCUCUCCCAGAAGGACCUAGCUUCCAAGUCUAGCUCUGCCACUAUGUUUCUAUGCCACUGUGCACACAUUACUUACGUCUUCAUUCUGAGCUUCACUGUCUCAAUUUUUCAAGCAGUCUCUUUGAAGCUGAAGUAGACUUAUAUGGAGUAAGGGUAAGGAAGGGCUUGGCUGAGUAAGAACUGUAGUGUUUUAGAACCCACCAGCUAGAAAGAGUUAUGGUGAAACACAAUAAUAUGGAGGGAAAAGCAGUGGCAGCUGGCUGUCCUGAAACAGCUUUCGCUCAGCCAGGGGUCUUCCUCUAGACAUGCAGGGUUUUCUUCUCUUCCCCUGUCCGCCUGCCCUGGAAUGUCUCUAGAGCAACUGCAAAGGUCUCAUGUACUGCAGGGAUGCUCACGUAGCAUCCAUGUGGGAACUGGGAUGGGGUGUCUCAGCACUUGGAGCCACUCCUACAGCUGCUGGAAUAAGAAACCCUGGUCUUUGGAGUGAGGAGCCAGUGCAGCUGUGUGAGCACCCUGAGUUGGAAGUCUUAGCCUGAUGCAUUUUCUCUUGGCUAUUCUAAGUCAUGGGAAAAGGCCUAUCCGGUGUCUUGCAGUGGAGUAUGUGACAGAGGUGCUAAACUUGCCUGCAAAACCCAGCUCUACUCAGAGACAGAGCACAGAGCAAUGGCAGCUGUGAGAGCGGAACCUUGCAGAGGUUCUGCAGACCAGCCACCAACAGGUAAAGUACAUUAGUUUUUGGUCUGUCUUCUCAAAAUGAGGCACUUGCUGUCACACUGAGGGCUGGGAGAUGUUUGCACCCCACCACCACCAGUAAUGUCAGACCUUGCUGGUACCAUGUACCCGGAUGUGGCAAGUGGAGAGGUGCCAGAAGCUGAUGAACUUGCUGCAGGCUUUGCAUAGGAGGCCAGCUGUGACCCUUGCAGCCCUGCUACUGGAAAAGCUGAUUCUGACACCCCCUUGGCAGCAGCUAACCCACAGAUAACAGCUUGCAGCCUGGAAAGGUGUUAUUGCAGGAUUAAAGCAGUGCAAGGCCACAGUGCUGCAGUGCGGUCUUGAGCUGGCCUCCCCACUGCAGGGUAAAACGCAGCAUGGAGGAGCCAAGCAGUCUGCAGAUGCACCUGAGCCUGGGGUGAUGGGAGAUGCCCGUCCUUAGCAGUGAACAGUGUUUGCCCUCUUGCUUGGUCUCAGAUCAGCACUGUAGGGGCUGUUUCUGAAAGCUGAAUUGAGCUUCUGGGCAGUCUGGUAAUGACCCAUUUAACACAGUUCAACCCAGCUAGGGAUGAAGUUGUUACAGGAAAUACAAUGAAUUGCACAGAAACAUGUGUAGCCUUCCACCCAGAGAUUUCAUCUGCUCCCUGGUGAAACCAGCCCCUGCAGUGCUUGUCACUCAUGAUCUUCAUAUGCACUCCAACACUGGGGGAACUAAGGGCAGGAUGAAUACAGAUCUGCUAGAAAACACACUUCCUUCCUCUAGUCAGGCCUUUCAAGAAUGUUUUCAUCUCUUGAUCAUCUCACCUUGCCUCCAUCUACAGACUCACUGUCUGUUACAUCCCUUACAACACAUGCCUCAGGCACUACUGAUAUGUAGUGUCAUGUAGAACAUCAUUUCUGUAUUCCGGCAUCAAUAGCUUCUGCACAUCCACAGAUGAAAUGUUUAGGGAUAGCAUGAUUCAUUAAAUGAAUGUAAAGUCACUGACCAUACUGGACAAUCAUUGAUUUACCUGAGCAAAGAGGUCAUCUUUGCUUGUGUCUGCUCAGUCCCAGAGAUUUUCAGCAAGGUUUGUGACCUCUGUUUUCCUCUUCCCUGCAGGCCCCUGAGAUCUUCCUCGUGGUGAGCAUCAGAGCUGGAACGCUUGCAGCCCACCUCUUGAGGCCAGGCUCCCUUGGGACCGUUUGUGGGGUUACUCUCGUGCUGGGUGCCUAGGGCAGACUCAGGCUGGCAGUCUGCACAAGAUGCAGCUGCUCCUCUCAGGACCUUCGAGUUCACACAUAGCUUGGUUUUUGGAGGGCCUGCUCCCUUCUUGCCAUCAGGCUGUGCUGGCCGGCCUGCCUGGCCGAAAGCUGGAAGGAAGCUGAUUAACAAUGCCUAACCACGAUCACCAUUGUGACAACAGAUCUCUGCUAUAUAUAGCAUCUUCCCCUGACUAAGAAAAGUGUAAAGCUGGGGAACCACCAUGGGAACCGAGCCAUGGCCCAGGCCUUUGUUUCAGUCCUAGUACUCCAAACAGUUACCUUUUAAGGGACAGCUGGAAGUGAAUUAGAGAAAUUUUAUCUUAUUCUGGGUGGCAUGCUGGGCAGGGAAUCAAGGCUACAAAGAAAACAAGUGCUCUUCCAAGGGCCUGGUGGUACGGUGUGGAGAGGAACAUGGCUUUUCAGGCCAGUGUCACUCAAGAUCGGGCUGGCAAAGGGUUACACAGGCACACAUGGUGAGAUGCAGAGCAGGAAUCUGCAGCUGAGGCAGCCUCCCAGUAGGGUGGCACCAGGCACCCUGCAGUGGGUUUGGCCUUGCAGGGAAUGACACCAGGUCUGCUGGGGCCCCUAAUAAAACUGCUCCUGGUCACGGAGUCAUGUUCGCUUUUGUAUGGUUUCUCAGGUGGCAGAUGAAUUCUGGGAACAAGGGGAGAAGGAUACAGCAUCUGUAUGAGUGCAGUGCAUGAGAAGGUGGAAAAACUGCAGCAGCAGGGUGUGCUGGCAGUGCAGGGAUGGCUGUUAGCCCCUGGCUUCAUUUUCCUUUCCUCUCUGCCUGGUGCAUCAUGUCAGUGGGCUGCUGUGUUGCAUGAUGUUCCUCCUGGUCUUACAAAGAAAUCAGGAUCAGAGGGAGAUUACGUUUAUAGUGCUAUUAAUCAAGCACUUCUCCCUACAUUAAUUUUAAAUGCAAAUAAGCAUAAUGAAAUAACAAGCCUGGUAGUUUUCAAUUCUUGUAACCUAAUGCCAGAUUUCCUUUUUGCAGUGGACAAUCUCUCCUUCUCUAUCUGUCUCUAAUUCAGUUUUCAAAAUAGGAAUGCAACUGUGGUGUUAUACAGGCAUUUUGUAAAAGUGUCUUACACUCACAUAAACAAGAGACAGAACAGAAGGCAGAAGUGUCCCAUAUUAUCUUACAGUAAGAUACUUCUGCGGCAAUGCUGCUGUUAACAUAAACUCAUUGGAUGAAAGAGCAGCAGUUUUUUUUGUGUGGAUCUAACUCAAGGCAUCAGUUAAUUGUUCCUGUACUCUUAAAUGUCUUCUAAGUUAUUUUUUUAAUGUUACCUAAGAACUAAAUAACUGUGCACUAUAUUUAUGCAGUAAAUUUUGCUUUAAUGUGUGUUUACUGGGAUCAGUUAAUGAAUAGCAGAGUUCAGCUGUCUGCCCUGACACAACAUAACUAUACUGUGUAUUCAUAGGAAAAGAUUAUUUCAUGAGAUGCAUGCAAGAAUGAGAAUAAUAUUGGUGUUAUUAGCUCUGAACAGUCUGUGAUGCUUCAAGAAAUCAAAGACAUUGUGAUUGAUGUAUUGCUGUCUCUGACAGUUUCUUCAACAACAUAAGCCUCCCUAACUGAUCUAAAUGUCAGCACAGAGUUUGCUCAGAGUCCACAUUUAUGAAUAAAUAUAUAUGUAUUUUAAAAGUAUAUGAUACCCUUUCACCAUCUUCAGUUUACGACUUUAAGACAGUGAACUAAGAGCCAAAUUUUCCAUAUUAAAAAGUAACAGAAAGUAAAAGCUCAGGGAGAAGCUAAUUUCCCUUGGAAGUGUAAGCUAGGUGCCUGUAGCCAUACUAGUGACACCUUGGUGAGGUUACAAUCCUUUUUCUCCAUUCAGCAGUAUGCAAAAAACUCAUGGUGAAACAUCAGUAUGCUGGAAGUAGGUGUAGACCUUGUAGAGAAAGGUGAUGGCAGACAUAACUGCUUUAAACCAGUUUUAAAUUACCCAAGAAAGGUAAAGGCCACAAUCCUGUAAAUAAAAUACUUUCUGAUGAUCAGGGCUCACCAAAUACACCAGAGGAGAGGAUCUCUACUUAGAGAUCCUUCCCUUGCAGCAGCCAACCCUUGAAUGAUGUCUAGGGAGCUUCCAUCUCCGCUCCCAGCACCGGCUGCGCCCCUUCACCAGGUGCUCCAUCACUGCUUCAGGCUGUGACUUAACAUUCUAAUACAUACCUAAAUUAACUCUCUCCCUAUAUUUGAUCAUAUUGCUAUUAAUGCCCCUGAAUACAGGGAAGCCAGACUGAUAAUGUUGGUCUAAAUUCCGUACAAUGGUUUGUAAUGAAAUGCAGUUUCAAAUCUUUUUAAAUCCCGCUUAUGGUAGCAACAGAGUUGGCGUAGGAGCUCAUUAAACAACCAGGUAUGAAGGAACAGAAGGGGUGAUGGUUAAAUUAAAUUCAGAGCUCAUUGGGCAGAUGGACUUUUUCUUCACAAAAGAAGUGCUGAUGAGUUAGUGUCCUGGAUCUAGAAUCACAUAUUAAUUUUUAGACUAUGUCCAUCUUUAACAAGAGUCAGUAGUGGUAAAAUCAGUGCACAGUGCUUCCCUUGUCCAAGAAUGGGAGGGAAUGGCUAUCAUCCUCGCCUCAGCAAAGAGUGUAUGGGGUGGACGUAUGCUAACUGACAAAUCUUUCCCUGGAGAAUGCAGAUCCACUGAAAACAAAAAUUUUAUGGAGGCACUGCUUUGGCAGAGCCUUGCGGUAAAAUGGAGAGCUCUGAAAGAAUUCUUCCUAUCACAAAGGAUCUUAAAGCUUUUUACCAGGCAAGUUUCUUUUGGAAAAUAUCCUUGUUUUCUGCCAACUCACCCACUCUGCCCUAUGGUCUCUAGCACGGCAGAAGUUCUGUCACAGGAUUAUAGAAUCACCAAGGUUGGAAGAGACCUCCAAGAUCAUCUAGUCCAACUGUCCACCUACCACUAAUAUUUCCCCACUAAACCAUGUCCCCUAAUACAACAUCUAAACGUUUCUUGAACACCAAAUCUACAUCUGUCACAUCUUACCACAUAGAUGGUCCUGCAACUGGACAGUCGUGGGCUUGCAUAUCGCCAAGCCAACCAUCACCUUGUCUGUCUAUCUCCCACUCCUGAUCUGGAAGCGGAAUCUCUUAUCCGUGCCAUCAUAACUUACAGUCUUCCAUAGCACCAGCAGCUUGUAAGCAACAGAGAUGUCUUUCCCUGUUGCUUUUCACUGGCUGAUGGAGAUGAACCUGACCAGGCAGCUUCUCACUGCUGCUAGCAGAGUGCACUAGUCUUACGAAGUUGUACCAGCUGCUGUGGUCACAGAAAACAUAUGGCAUUUUUGAAAACAUGUCAAUGCUUAUGAAACAAACAUUUCUAAUUAUGUUUUGCAGAAAAAUUGAACUUUAAAAACACAUUUUAAUUUUCAAAUGUGAACUAUAACAAAUAGCAGCAUUCCACUGUGUAGCUGAAAUGCUGAGUCAAAGCCUGAAGCAGUGAUGGAGCACCUGGUGGGAAGGCAGGGCCAGCCCAGGGGAGCUCAGCUGCAUGCAAUGCACCUGAGUGACCGAAAGGGGUGGAGCCAGGAUCCACCUCUUCCCAGCCCUCAUUUUAGGGUUGGCAAUGGAGGUGAGGGUAUCUUGCUGAAGAUCUCUGUGCAUGUGAGGCCUUCUAAGGAAGAUGAAGCCUAUAGUCCAAAGAAGACGAUCUACACCUUCUGCCAUUACUAAAGCUCUUGGCAAGUCAAAACACCAUUCCAGGGAAACUACACUCUCUUCUUCCCAUUCAGACAAUGGGCUGCCAAGUGGGAUGUUCAGCAGCCCAGGCUCCACUUUCAUCCUGGAUGAGCGAGUACAGCUAACUGUGGGCUUGCAGACACAGGAGAGACAUUUGAUCUUGUUCAGUGAUAUGCUGAUCAUCGCCAAGUCCAAGUCUUCCUCCAGCCUGAAGCUCAAAAAGCAAGUACAUCUGAGUGAAGUGUGGACUGGCACCUGUCUUGUCGAAGUGACAGAGAAAAAGAUGAGUCCUGAGAACUCAUUUGUUAUCGGCUGGCCUACCAUCAACUAUGUUGUCACCUUCAGCUCAGCUGACAUAAAGGAACGAUGGCUGUCUGCAUUACUGUGGCAUAUCAGUGAAAUGAAACAGAAUGAAUAUUUGAAGAAUCUAACCCUUCAGAUCUUUGUGUCGGAUGCUGGUAACUGUUCUUCUACCACCCUAGUCAAUGUGUCCAAUGUGGAAACUGCAGAGAGUGUGAUGAAGAAGACACUUCUACAGCUUGGACUUCCUGGUAGGACAAGUGACCACCAUCUCUGGGUGAUCUCUGGAAAAGAUGACCCUGCUUACCCUCUCAUUGGGCACGAAUAUCCAUUCAGCAUCGCAUUGAACUGUCUCCGGGACUCUGCUGACCAGCAACAAGGAGCCCACAAUAACAACCUUCUGCUUGAUGGAACAGAGGCAUCCUUCCUUGAGCAGCUCCCGAAGGAGAAACAAUGUCAGUUUGUCCUGAAACCCAGGCUCCAAGCUCCAAUGCAACUGAGGAGAGAGUCACUGCAGAAACACACCAAAAGGAAGAAGUCCUUGAUUGACUGGGCCCUGCGGCGCAGCACUAGCGCACCCACAGACAGCCCUCCUUCGCAGUCACCUGCCACCCCACAGAAACUCUUUGGCAUGUCUCUGUCCUCUGUCUGUCCUGAUGGGAUCCUUCCCAAGCCAAUCAUGGAUAUGCUGCUCCUGCUGUACCAUGAAGGCCCCUCUACUAGGGGCAUUUUCAGACGUUCUGCCAAUGCCAAGACUUGCAAGGAAUUGAAGGAGAAGCUAAACUCUGGAGAUGAUGUCCAGGUGGAUGGAGAGUCAGUCUUUGUCGCUGCAGCUGUCAUCACGGAUUUUCUCCGAAAUAUACCUGACAGUGUUCUAUCCUCAGACAUGCACGGACUGUGGAUGGAAGCUGUGGAUACAGAAAAUUGGGCGCAUAAGAUUGAAGCUAUCAAAAGCCUGGUCAAUCAGCUCCCAGAGGCCAACCUUAUCUUACUCAGACACCUCUUCGGAGUUCUUCAUCACAUUGAGCAGAAUUCUGUCGUGAAUCAGAUGAAUGCGUUUAACCUGGCUCUCUGCAUAGCACCGAAUAUGCUGUGGCUACCUAGUCCCACAGGGCCUGAAGAGGAGAGCAGGUCUACAAAGAAGGUAGCCAUGUUAGUACAGUUUCUGAUCGAAAACUCAGCAGAGAUUUUUGGAGGUGACAUUGCUUCCUUGUUUCAAAGACCAGACAAAAAUUCCAGAAACUCAGAGAAAUCUUUGGGCAUAGGCAUGGCUCAGAAUGAUGAUUCUUCUGAUGAGCUGGAAUUCUCUGCAUAUGACCUGGAAAGACCAAAGCAUUGCCUGAUAUCUAAAACAGAUGACAUUUUUGAACCACCCAGCGGCUUGUUACUCGAUGAGGGUCAAGAAGACUGGGACUUGUUCAGUGAGAUUGCAGCCUGCUACGAAAGCAAAACACAUAAGAAUACCAGUGCAGACAGCUAUGACCUCCUCGAAGAGGAGGGUUCCUUCUGCUCCAUUGGCUCAAUACGCUCACUCAGCCCAGCCAGGGACCGGUGCUCAUCAGAGCCCAGUGUCUGCCUUAGCUCCCAGCUUCCUACUCAGAGCCAUGAGCCAGUGGCCCGCCAGUCUAGCUGUGAUGCCACUAUCAUGCGCAGCCACACAGACUACAUCCACAGGCUCAAGCAACUGCAAGUGGAGAGCCAGAAGUUGAUUGAUGAAGGCCUUAGCACUGGGGUUAAUAAAGCCAAGCAGAAUUUGUGGCAGUUGCCUCAUAGCAGCUCUGCGGUGAAGAAGCUCAGCUUUCAGAAUUCCAACAGGUCCAGCUUCUCUAGCCUGUCCUCCACCACUACAUCUCCAUCUGCAUCCUCACUUAGCUCCCUAGACAGUGCUUUCUCGUACUGCUCAGAGUCAUCAGCUGUUAGUCCCACAGAUGUCUCCUCCCCGUCGUUCAUGUUUGGCGCAUCUGCCAGGCUUCAUGCCAUGUCUCCCAAGAUUCCCAAGAAGUCUCUGAAAGAGUGGCGCAAGUCCUUCACCUCUCCUCUGCCUUUACAUCCUUGUGACCUGGACAGUUUCCAUGAGUAUGAACCCAAGGCUGUAGAGAGCAGACAUUGUUCUGGGGAGAGGAAAAGUUUUCCUUCUGUCAGCAGAGUUGCAGCAGGAAGCCUACUAACCAACAAUGACUGGGAAAAAGAGGAGAGAGAGCUGGGUUUUGUAGGGGUGCCUGGUCCAAAGCUCCAAAGCCUGGAUUAUGCCAACGAGCCAGAACAAAAUCCUGAGCCUUCACCAGCCAGCAAGAAAUUCCUGCAGAUCAACCAGCAGCAGCACAGAGAGAAGGUAGUGAAGCACAUUGAAAUCAGAAGUGUUGAUGCCUGCCCUCCAAGCCAGGAAAGCCUGAAGCGCACCAAGAUAACUUUCUACAUGGCCCCAAAUAAAGAAUAUUCUUGGGGAUCACCAGUAGAAGAGGAGAGGUCCUUGGCAAACACCAGCAGCAGUGACUCACCCAGCUGCCACAGUAAGCAAAGCACAUCUAAGAGCUUGCAGGCUGUGAGAGUCCAUAUCCCCCAGACGGUGUUUUAUGGGCAGAAUACCCCCCUUGUCCUGCAGACUGCCUCCAAGCAGCACCACUAUGAACCAACGAUCCUGUCUUCACAGGCAAAGCACAAAGAGAGCCUCCAAAGUGCCUCCAUUCCUAAGAAGCAAGAGAGCAAGCCAGUGGAGGUGGCACAGGCGCCAACCCAGAGCAAGGGUUUCAACACAUUCAGCCACACCAUCCGUAUCAUCCUCCCUGCCUCCAUUCAAAACACCGUCAGGGAGUAUUUCAAACACGAUGAAACCAAGACCUGUCCCAUGGCUGAGGCAGAAGCAGUGGAGAAUGAACUUCUUCGGAGCAGGAUGGAGUGGCACAGGAGCCAGCCGGAAAUGGAGGAAUGUGAUGCAGUGGCAUUUGCAGAAGAGACGUUUGUCUAGGGAGGUGGCUGUGGAAGAACUGAAUUAUUUUUUUGUGUAUGUGCAGCAGAAAAUAUUCUGUAAGAUAUAAUCAAGGUGUGAAGAAUCUAGCAGGCUGUACUGAGCAGUAAGUGUAAAGUGGCACUAAUGUGUAUGUAAUGUUGGGGUUUACAAUUCAUUUUGGUUGGGUUGUGAGUGGUGUUCUUUUUUUAAUUCUUUUUCUACUUGAGCUGCUUCAUCAGGUGUCAAGUGUUCUGAAUGCCACCUGACUGUCCCUGAAUUUGCUGACCUAUACAAUCUGACUUCAUUUCUUUUUGAAGAAGAAAAGGAGAAACUCUGCUUCAUUUUCUUCAGUUACUGAUAUGUACAGAUGACUGAAGAACUGGGGAAGCAAAUACUCCAUCAGAAUUAGUUAAAAAAAAAAAAUUAAGCUUGCAUGAAAUUCUCCACUAUUCCCUCUUCAUCAUCACCAUUCAUCCAAAAGAAGAUUCUUCACCUCCACCCUAGAAAUCUCUACUACUUCUCUCUGCUUGUCUUCCUUUUGUCCCCCAGGGAUAGUACUCUGUGUUCAUUACUACUUGAUGUUGGACUCCAGAAAGACCAAAUGGAGCCCAAAGCCUGGCUUUCACUGACAGAGAAGGUAUAUGUAACAACUUAACCCAAGGUUCUUUCAUUUUUUUUCCAAUUAAUUGUCCAUUGAUUCUUGUUAUUUGACAAAGCCACCCUUACUCUGAAGGACUCUAGCUCUGUCGCUUCAAAAGAGUUACGAAUAUUUCACUUCUGUGGCAUCCUCUGGGAACAGCUGGUCCUUCUGCUCUGAGCAAGAGGUGACAUUUUUUCCAUAAAUGAGGGGUGACAGUUCAGAAUGCUGUUUCUGGAGGCAGCGUGGAUGGGGAUCAUUAUCAAAUUCCUAGUUAUGCUGAAAGGGGCUGAAGCAGUAGUUGGUUUUAGCAUGAAGUCACAGUGUUGUGGAAGUAGUCAGGAAAGCUGUGAAGUGGGUGCUGCAACGGAAGUCCCAUUGGGCCAGGAAGCUGUCAGGCAGUCUAAUAAGCUGAGACUGUUCAAGUAUUAACAGCACUGGUAAAGCUGUGUCAUAGAAAUGCGUUUCCACUCACCAAAGUACUCUGCCCAGUAUACUGUAGCAGAGUUAAAUGUGGAGAAGUGUCAGGCAAGUAGGUGGUAGAAGGCUGCUUGUAUUGUACUACAUAAGAAAUGCAGCUGGUGGGCUCCUAGACCAUCAGCAUGAUGCCACUCAGGACAAUGCUCAGAGUCACUUUGGCCAUGAUGGGACUUAGAGGAUUGUGGUGCUGCUGGCUGAGCUGUAAAAUAAGCCUCUGCUUAUUUUACCACAGAACCACAGUACCACAGAAGUUAGGAAUUAAGAAAAUGAUGUGAGAAAUCUCAAAUUAAAAGGUUCAGGAUAUGUCAUUCUUUCAGGGAGACAGCCCUUUUCCUCAAGUAACAGUGAAGCAGUAAGAGACAAGAGAAACAGAUGAAUCUUAAUGAUCAAGUGGUAAUCCUUCUGAAGUACCCUUUGCAAGUUGCUGAGUGUGUGCUGUCACCAUACUUGAGGGCUGCUUGACACCCACUGUUAUUCAGCCCUUGUACAGAGGGAAAAGCCACAACUAUAAAUGAACAAGUAAGAAUUUCGCAGCUGCUGGUCCCUAUCUGGGCCAGGGCCCUAGUCCAGCACUCUGAAUUCACACUGUGUGAUUUCAGUGGGGAUGGAGGGAAGCUGAGAGACCACAGCACAAGGUUUACAGAAAAUGUUUCCUCAUGUGCAAAAUGUUCACCUCCCAGCUGUAUUCUCUGUCCUGCCUCACUGUGGUGCCCCUGUAUGAUGAACGGUGUAUAUAGUUGUAAAGCAAACCACCUGCUACCACUUUGCUCACACAAACACUAAAGAGGUGCAGUUUCAGGUCUUUUUGUCUUUUUUUUCUCCAGACCUACGGUUGUAACUAUUUCAAUAAAAGAGACACGGGUUUGUUGGCAAGGUA